UAGCUUCACAUCUUAAACUAAACCUGGUAAAGGCACACGCAGUAGAAUUUGGUCACUUGAUAUACUGUGACGUGGCUUGUGACGUUAAAUUUUUGAAUAAACUAAUAAAGUACAUGUGAGCAAUUUAAAAAUAAAACUCGGCACAGAUAGUUAUUAGAAUAUAAAAUACAAAUGUCAUACAAUUAGAUAACUUAAACUCAAUUUUAAAAUAUUUUUUACACUUCAAAUCUGCUUUAAAUCCGUUUCUCAGGUAUGUCAUUGUCAUUAUUUUGCAGUCGCACUUGAACGCAACACGGCUGAAUACAGGAAGUCGGGAAACUUUUCAAAGUUGCUCUGAUACAUCACGCCUCAUAGUGCUUACGUCCGCCAGCUACUUUGUGUGGGAAGGAGAGGAUGGUAUUAAAUUGGUGGGGUUAAACUCCGCGGACAGUUUUUUUGGGGCUUGUGAAACAGUGACAGAUUGUGGAAGGGGGAUUUCUGUCUAUUUGAAGACACUGACCCGCGCGCUCCAACCUUCUGUGUUUUAACUGACUUGCUGCGACGCUGCGGCUGGUCCACAGCCCUGCCGUCAACGCCAAAAUGUGGGAACAGGACGAAUUUGCCAGGCAUUGGAAGAACGAGUUUCCUGACGGAGAAGUGCCUCAGAUGGACUUGAACUCCGUGGAGGACAUCGAGUCAGAACUGGAUAUAUGCAAGUCCAACCUGAAGCGGCUGCAGAAGGCUCUGGCAGAGGAAAAAUUCAAGGUGAUAUACCUGCAGACCACUAUGGCGCGGCAGAAGAAACUCGUGGAGGUGGAGGGUUUCGAAGGCAAGGACGAAAACUCCAACACUAACACGGGGUGUAAUGUCAGAAAGCCUUUGCGACGGGACGACGAGAGGGACGGGGGAAAGAACAAGGUGUCCGGUGUCGGUGGCGUGAAGCCACAGGUGGCAGCUAUUACCGCUGGAGACAACAGCUUCUUUAGUCGAGAGAGAGGCAGGUUCAGCGGGAAGGCAGGUAUACCCGUCCCCAUCCCUGUCCCUCCGGAGAAACCCAGCUUUCGGAGAGACGGCGCAGUUCCUAUUAUCGUCCCUCAGCCCAUUGACAAAGAGGAGAGCAGUGACCGGGAAUAUGAAGACCCGGAGCUGAAUGAGAAUUUCGUUAAGAAUAAUUUAUUGGCCCCUAAGAGUGGAAGCGGGGACAAUUUGAGCGUCUACCCGAACAACCGUCGGCCUCUUCGUCAGAGCAGGGACAUGGACUCCGGGGACGAAGGCGGCCUUUCCUUCCCGCACCUGAAGCCCAGAGCGUCCCGGGGCUCCGGGUGCAGCACCCCUGACCAGAGGAGUGAUGGCUACCUCAGCUCCGACCACGACGACUGCUCCUCUGCAGAUUUCAACUAUAACACAGAUGGAUAUGAGGGAGACGGGCCAGAAGACGGGAAGUCCCAGGAUGGAUCAGAGACAUUGCCCUAUAUAGAUGAAUCGCCCACCAUGUCGCCCCAGCUGUGCUUGCCGCAAGGUCCUGACGGGGAAAGCACUCCCCCCACGCCUGGGGGCGACAUAGAGAAAGGUCUUGAAAUGAAGAAACUGGUGCUGUCUGGUUUCUUGGCCAGUGAAGAGAUCUACAUUAACCAGCUGGAGGCCCUUUUACUGCCGAUGCGUCCCCUGAAAGCCACCGCCACCACCUCACAGCCGGUGCUGACCAUUCAGCAGAUAAAAACAAUCUUCUACAAGAUUCAGGACAUCUUCGAGAUCCACAAGGAAUUCUACGACGCCCUCCUCCCCAACAUUCAACAGUGGGAUGAGAAGGUCACCGUGGGCCAUUUGUUCCAGAAGCUGGCAAGCCAGUUGGGUGUUUACAAAGCCUUCGUGGACAACUACAAGGUAGCACUGGAGACGGCGGAGAAAUGCAGUCAAGCCAGCAGCCAGUUUCAGGAGAUUUCAGAGAACCUGAAGGUAAAAGGUCCUAAAGACUCCAAAGAUUGUACCACAAUUGUCAAAAUGGAAGCUCUUUUGUACAAACCGAUCGAUCGUGUCACCAGAAGCACGCUGGUCCUUCAUGACCUGCUAAAACACACUCCCAAGGACCACCCAGACUUCCCCCUCCUGCAGGACGCUCUCAGGAUAUCUCAGAACUUUCUGUCCUCCAUCAACGAGGAGAUUGACCCUCGGAGAACCGCCGUCACCACACCCAAAGGAGAGACUCGUCAGCUGGUGAAGGACGGUUUCCUGGUGGAGGUGUCGGAAAGCUCUAGGAAACUACGUCACGUCUUCCUCUUCACAGACUUGCUCUGUGCGAAGAUGAAGAAGACAUCGGCGGGUCGUCACCAGCAGUACGAGUGUAAGUGGUACCUCCCUCUGGCUGACUUGACGUUCCAGACCCUGGACGAAUCAGACUCUUGCCCCAGCAUCCAGGUCCUGCCUGAGCAUGAGCUGGAAGAGAUGAAGGUCAAAAUCUCAGCCUUAAAGAACGAGAUACACAAAGAGAAGAAAGCACCGAAGGGCCAGAGUCGUGUGGAGCGUUUGCGGAAAAAGAUGAACGAGCAGGAGUCCUGGCUCCUGACCUACUCGCCCACCAUUCCGUUCCGUAUACACAACAAACAUGGAAAGAGCCACCUGUUCCUCCUAUCCUCAGACUACGAGAGAUCAGAGUGGAGGGAAAGCAUCCAGAAACUACAAAAAAAAGAUCUUCAAGCCUGUGUAUUAAGUUCAGUUGAGCUUCAGGUCCUGACCAGUUCCUGUUUCAAACUCCGGACGGUCCACAACAUUCCUGUCACAAGUAACAAAGAUGAUGAGGAGACUCCUGGCUUGUACGGAUUUUUGCAUGUGAUAGUUCACUCUGCCAAAGGAUUCAAGGAAUCUGCCAAUCUCUACUGCACCCUGGAGGUGGACUCGUACGGAUACUUUGUCAGCAAGGCAAAAACCCGAGUCUUCAGAGACACCGCAGAGCCACAGUGGAAUGAAGAGUUUGAAAUCGAACUGGAGGGCUCCCAGCAUCUGCGGAUACUGUGUUACGAGAAAUGCUAUGACAAAAACAUGCUCAACAAGGAUGACAACGAGAUAGUGGACAAGAUCAUGGGCAAAGGGCAGGUCCAGCUGGACCCUCAGACAGUGCAGUCCAAGAACUGGCACAUGGACGUCAUAGAGAUGAACGGGAUUAAAGUGGAAUUCUCCAUGAAGUUCACGAGUCGAGACCUGAGCCUGAAGAGAACGCCUUCCAAAAAACAGAGCGGGGUGUUUGGAGUCAAGAUCAACGUGGUGACAAAGCGUGAACGCUCCAAAGUGCCUUACAUCGUCCGUCAGUGCAUUGAGGAAGUGGAGAAGAGGGGAAUAGAUGAAGUCGGGAUUUACAGGAUCUCAGGGGUGGCUACUGAUAUUCAGGCCCUCAAAGCAGCUUUUGACAUCAAUACCAAAGACAUCCUGGUGAUGCUGAGUGACAUGGACAUCAAUGCCAUCGCAGGGACGUUAAAGCUGUACUUCAGGGAGCUGCCCGAGCCUCUGCUGACGGACCGCCUCUACCCCGCCUUCAUGGAAGGCAUAGCUCUCUCAGACCCUGCAGCCAAGGAGAACUGCAUGAUGCACCUGCUUCGCUCGCUGCCAGACCCCAACCUCAUGACUUUUCUUACUCUGCUGGAGCACCUCAAACGUGUGGCUGAGAAGGAGCCUAUCAACAAGAUGUCUCUCCAUAACCUGGCCACCGUGUUCGGCCCCACACUGCUAAGACCCUCAGAGUCUGAAAACGCGAAGGCACAGCACAUCACCUCUGUCUCCGACAUCUGGUCACAUGAUGUCAUGGCUCAGGUCCAGGUGUUGCUCUACUACCUGCAGCAUCCUCCCAUCUCCUUUUCGGAACUCAAGCGCAACACACUCUACUUUUCCACGGACGUUUAAUCUUGCCACACUUUCCUCAGGGUCGCCACAUGACUGGGAGACUCC